CUUUGUUUAAUGGAUGUUUACAGGAAAUGCAUUUGGCUCUAACCUUUACUGACUGUCCUCCUCCUGCUCUUACUGUAAUCACGUCCUCCACUUCAUCACGAUCGAGUCGACAAGAGUCUUGCGCGCUCGUCCUUGCUCGCCGUAGAGAGCUGUACUCCUCCAGACUAUCAGCAGGCCUCUAGCUGCACUCAGCGAUGCAAGAUGAUUUCUGCUGGGGAAAAAACGUACAGCUUUAAUCGUUUCUUCGUGGCUGACUCAAGCGUCCAAGAACUGCCUGUUAAUACUGACUGAUUGAGGAGAUCUGCUCGAGGCGAGUCAUUAAAGAUUCCUGCCUCGCCUUCUGUCACAACUUUGUCUUUUAGGUCGCACAUGUUCCUUAAAAAGCGGGGGGGGGAACUGAGUGCAAUCAUAAUAUUUUUUUCUCAGCCCCUUCCUGGCUUUGUGUGCCCCAGAAAUGGCCUUUUCCUGGAUGUUGAAGCACGAUGUCAUGAGAAAGUGAAGUGAAGUGAAGUGACCCGGUCGGGAGUCUCAGAAUGGCAACUUGGUUGAGAUGACAUGAGCCAGGCAAGCAGUUCGAGGUUCAUAUAAACAGUUAUACUGUCUUUAUAAAUGGCCUUUUAUUUCUGCUCUGCGCCGUCAAUAAAUCACAAACUAACCUCGGCUCAGGUGUGCGUCAUCGGCAUUUAAAGUCAGCAAAUGGCCCGCUGAGAAGCCUUCUGGGACGGAAACACGGGCGAUCUAAGUGUUUACUUCAAGAAAAGCGCAAGACUUCUCAUAAAAUGAGCUCCUGACAUCGAUGACCUCAGAUCCCAUUUUAGCUUUUCCUGACGCUGAGGUUUUUUUUGUUUGUUUUUUUUUUCAGCUCACUUUAAAAUGAUCUCACACUUCCUGGCCAGAGACUAAUCAUCAUAACACUUAGUGAUUUAUCUGUUCCAUUUGAAGACUUUACCACUGAUACACCGUUAGACGUCUCUGUUAUAUAAGCUCGAUUACACCUCUGCGCUGCUCCCGUCCCCUCGUCUGUCUCCCUCGCAGACUUUAUUGUUCAGCGACUCCGGCUCGUCGCGUUGACAGCGUUUUCAUAAUGCGAGGGAGAUCAGGGUGCACGCAAAGGUGCCGCUGCUCAGCCAAGCUCAUCACAACAACAUGUACCAACAGCGGAGGAAAUAAUCAAGAAUAAUGUGACGGGCGACGUCGUGGCUCCUGGUGAUGUUCGCGGGCUCCACCACCGCUUGUAAUCAAGUCUCAAUCCAAGUGGAAUGCAGAUUUUUGAUGGAAUUUCCAGAAAAUCGGCCGUAGAAAAUGUGAAUUCCUGUAAUGCCUGCUUCCAUCCAACUGCUGAUAUGAGACUGGAGGGACUGUGGUGCAGUUGGUGGCACUAAUUCUCCAUUAGGGUGCGAUUAAACCAUUACAGGAGAAGGAGAAGAAGGAGGCACAACGACAUGUGUUUGUUUCAUCUCUCAUUCCAGCAGAAGCUAAAGCGACGAUGGUUUAUUCACUGAGUCUGUUUCUUCUGACAGCAGUUCUGUUAUCAUAUUGUAUCGUUUUUUAUCUGUGACUUCGGAAAAAAGGAGACAUGUUUACUUGCAAACCUUGUCAGUGAUCACACACUGAUACAGGUGCCCUCCUGGACACCUUAUGGUGGCUAUAACAUGCCCUCUUUGUUUGCAUAGGCCCAACCACGAACAUAUCGUGCCCUAUUUGUUCUUUCCUGCCCAUCCCCCACAAACAUCCUGAGUCCACCAGUGCAUCUGCAUGUGGUGAGCCCUUCAACCAACCUGUAGCUGUGUGACCACCGAUUCACUCUCCCAUGCUAACUGUGUGCACAGCUCAUUUUGAGUUCUCUAUUAUAGGUCGACUGUUCACCCGCAAUACAACCCUCCUCAAAGGGAAAUCGAGAAGUUUCUCAAGGCUACAAAGCACCAGGAACAUCUCAGGAAACUAAAAAACUCACUGUCUCACUGUCUGUUGCUCAGCGGCGCUGCAUUGGCACGCUGAAGUCACACCUCGAUUGCAUUUGCAUCAGGCACGCUUUGCAUCAUUUCCUUUAAGUAAAAAACAAGGUUUCGUGCGUACCAACAGCAAAAACUAUAUAUUAUAAAGAUUAAACACAAAUGUAGUAUAAACUGUGUACAAUGAGUAUCUAUUGUGUGUUUUUUUAGAGGCCUGAAAAAGGAAACAAGCAAGUUCUCCACGAGGCAAGAACAAACAUUCAAGGAAAAUAUGAAAAACUAAACAGAAUAUUGUGCUGCAGAAACAUGUUUUCUCAGCUUUCCCACCCUCUUUACCAUCUUUUAACCUUCCUCUCAGAUCACCUUUAUCUCGUGGCCACUUGUGAAAGGCCGGCUUGCAGGUUGUUAACCACAAGAGUAAGAUGAAAGGUUGAACGGCUGGCUGGCAAACAUCUACUUUUAAAGCUUGUGGGGCCCACAGUCACAUGACCUUUAAACUUAAACGUACAAAACAAACAAAAAAUGCAACCACAUGUACAAAUAGCACCAAGCACAGCUUUAUGUGUGGGGAUGUAUUUUAGAUGAGAUGUGUUUUUAGAGAUGCGACCGCUCUGUCUGAACUCCUGCCUCGGCGUCUCAGGUUGCCUCUUAGCUUCGAGCGCUCGGCUUCCUGUUGAGCAAAUGAACAGGGGGGAAGUUAGCAGUCUGUCUGUGGGUAAACCAAUUUCACACAUGAGACGCGACGCACAGCGACAGCCACGCCAAAUCUAUUUGCUCUCCACUUGCAGGUGCAUCUUGGCCCCUCUCCCUCUCUCUGUGUCUGCCUAAGAAAGCAGCCAAAUGUGAGAUGAAAAUCUCUUCUCCCUCCUGCAUCUAGAAUACAAAGAGGCUCCGUAGCCGUGAGCUAUAGACAAUCUAGGGGACAUACUUGAGUCAAACGGUGUUUGAAAAACUAUAGUAGUUUAACAGCAUUUAGAUAAAGACGUCGCCUCGAGGCCUCCGACUGAAUCAAACAGUCUCCCAGAUAAAGGAACACUGUGACUUUUAUUUUUCUCAGACGGACUUAUUAUUGCAGAUCUGGUCCAAGUGUCUCUCCUUGUGUUUUCCUCUCCAGGAGAGCUAUUAAGAGGAGAUUUCAUUUGAGGCCAGGGUGAAACGUUACAAUCAGACAUUUAUGAAAACUUAAACCGGAUCCCAUCAAUCUCCUCCGAUGGGAGCCAUUAGCCGGAUAUAUUCAGAUGAAUCUCCUGCAGCAGGCCUCUCACUGGCCGACCUGUCUCCCCCCUCGACUCGGAUUUUUUUCCCUGACGCUCUGUCGCUCUCUCUCCCUCUCAGCGGGACUCUUAGAAAGAUUGGUUACCUCUAUCUCUGUCUGGCCUUCCCUCAGACACAAUCUCUCUCUCCGUUUCGUCCUCUCUUUCCUCUCUUUGCCCCUCUCUCUCUCUCUCUCUCUCCCUCAGCGGGACUCUUAGCGAGAUCUGCCCUGAAUCCUGAACGACUCCUCUGCAGUAUUAAUGAGGGGAAAAGCUGAAAAUCCAAAGCUGAAACUGACAAGAGGAGAGGGGGCAGAGCGAGGAGUUGAGACGUUAAAGAACACGCCCAAAUUGAACCACCUCUCUACAGCUGGAUUGAGCUAAACUGAAAGGCAAAGGGCAAGAGGACAGGAGAAGACAAAGAGCAAAGAAAAGCUGUUACUGGAAUGCCAAGCCGCAUAAACAAAGUUGGCCGAAGUGCAGAUUUGGGUUGGUUUUUUUUCCUCCAGAAUCGUCACAUCUGGGUGAUUUCAAAGCGAGGCCGGUUAUAAACAAAUGAGCUGUUGGUCUCUUGGAUUUGUUUAAAGAAUGCCUCGGCUCUGUAACCACCUCACAGGACACUUUAAAGGAAGGAGGCGCACAUGAAGUGGCCCUCGGUGCUUUCAGUGUUUCCAUUUAGCAUAAACAACACGAGCCUGAGCGCACACUCCAGCCUCGCAGAUACCCCGCCACUUCAGAGCUGGAUCCAGAUUGCACACAAGGACUUUUAUCUUAAGUGAACACCAUAUCUUAAUUAUUUUUGGAGUCUCCCUCACAUUCACUGACUCACGGGCUUCACAACCCUCUCAAGGAUUAAUUAAAUCUUUUACAACUGCAGCAGACUCCAGUUAAAAGGAGCCAGCGCUCCGUAUCUGACAGCCAUGGAUGGGAAGGCCGACAGCAUCCAGGAGUUUUUCAACCAACUCUGGAGCUUCGCUACGGACAAGCACAACCAGGGGGUCUACAACACGGUCUGCCUGGUGGUCCUCCUGACCCUCCCCCUGCUCGUCCUCCUCACCACUCUGGUGGUGUGCUGCCACUGCUGCUGCUGUCGCCAUAGCAACGUCUGCUGCUGUUGCUGCUGCUGCCGAGAUGGGACGCUGAGGUCGGAGACGAAGAAGAAGAAGGGCUCGGGCAACAACGAGGAGGACUUGUGGAUCUCUGUCAAGACGGGGCCAAUGACGCCCGACAGGGUCGCUCUGGCCAUGGUGUAGGCGGCCAUUUUUUUUAAAAACUGAGAUUGCUGAUCCUGGGCCAGGUGGUGCAGUGGAGCUGAUGGAGCAGAUACAUGGUAGUAAGAGAAGUGGAUGGAGCCAGUGUGGACUACCGUCUUUUAAAGCCUCAGCAUUACCGGGGUUGAUAUUUGGAUGAGAGGGUGGAGCUUGGGGGGGUGGGGGGUUAUGAUUGGAUCUGACUGAGAACCCAAUGGCAUACUGUGGUAGCGAUCGGUGGCUCACAAGGAAGCCACGGUUUAAAUCGGACCUUAAUUUACAAACUGAGCAUCCUGCUGUAUUGAAAAAAACUUGAGACUGUAAACUCAUCAGGAAAGUGUUCACAGAGGAAACAGAUCAGGUGAAAAGUGGGGUCAUUUUUUCAUACGCUUCCAUAUAAUCAUAUUUCUUUUUGAAACCGGUGGGUUUGCACCCCUGCUGACCAUCAGAAAGGUUGAAGUGACCUUUCAGAUGCAGGAGGCUCCGUCCACUUCUCUUUAUACUGUGAAUGAUUGAGACAGUGGUUCAGAGUGACCCAUAAUGUAGCGGGCACAUGUUUGGUUGAAUAUGUUAAACAAUACACAGAUUCUUGUCAUUUUGUGUGUAUGUGAACGAUGUUUACAGUAUUUUGUUUGAGCUUUUUAGUGCGUGGUACAUAAAAGGAAGAAGUAUGCUAAAAACAGAGGAAUAUGUGUGUGUGUGUGUGACAGAGAGAAAGAGAGCGAGAGCGAGAGAGAGAGCGAGAGAGAGAGAGAGAGAGAGAGAGAGAGAGAGAGAGAGAACAGUGUUAUUGAGAGCACUUUGUUCUUUGAGCUCCCAUGUGAAAUUCAUUGCGUCUGUAUCUGGGAGAGAAAGAGAGAGAGAGUCAAUUUAAAGUGUGCCCAGCGUUCAGGCAGCUGUAAUGCUGCCUUCUUUUUCACAUUCAGCCGGCAAUCGACACCGAUGAUUGACUCUCACUUUCUAAAGUGGAAUCACUGACAUCCAAAAAGUUUAACUUGCGCCGCGCGGAAAGAAAAACUCGGACUUCCAUCGCUUCAAUUUUGUCUCAUCUUCUUACUUUAUUUGCUUCAUUCAGUGCAGCACAGCCGAGGCACUCCUCCCCGUUUUUGCCGUUUGGGAGCGUUGCAGUAUUCAGGUCAAGUGAGCCUUGAAGGCACAAUUCAUAAUCCAAAUGUAAUCUUCUCAAACUGAUUAACAAAUCUUUUUAAAUGAAGACUAGACAACAACCGUAUCGAAGCCGGAGUUGUUAUUUGUGGGAGCUUGUAUUUAUUUAAGUUUUGGAUUCAGGUGAUACAAAUUCUCAAUCUGGAGGACAAAAAGUUAUGCAAAUCAAAUGUCUCGCAACUUUGAAUUUAAGAGGAGUUUAGGUGAAAUGAAGGUGAGGAAACACUUUCGGUGACAUGUUUUUGAGUAGUUCUACUAAAUAAAAUUGGUCAUAAUGAGCACGCAUCAUUCAAAGUGGGCCAGUUAGAGCCGAUGACUAUGUAUCAGUGUGAAAAACAUCACACAUCAAGCUGACAAUAAUUAUUUUUUCAAAUCACUUUCCACAGCACUAAACUAUCUGAUGUACAGCAGCAGCAUUUCUUUCUUUCUCCUGUUUGGUUUUCUUUUUGUUUCCUUUUCCCUGUUUGUCACUGAGUUGUUAAUUUCAGGGUUACUGUGAUUGAAGAUAUUUAGGCUAAACAUGACAGAAUUGCAUGUCUUUGUUCGCGAGAGAAUUCCUUUCCAACUCUGAACACACGAGUACGGAAGUCCUGAGGUGUGACUGAGACAUUUUGUGUUUUUCCUGAUGAUCCUUUCUCUAAGUAUGAUCUAAAUGUUUAUCUCUCCUGCGUCUACGACUUGUGAUCUGGUGGGGAAAAAAAGUUUUGUCAAGAUAAUCUUUCUAAAUUCCUAAAAAAGAAAUAAUUCCCUUUGACAAAACAGGAAAGAAAAAAAAAAUCAGGAGAAUACAUUAGUUUUUCUGUGCAUGUGUGGAACUAUGUCAUUUAUGAAAUACUCAUUUCAACCACAAGAGGCUGAACAGCAGCACUACCCCAUGUUCUAGCAGGUCAUAUUAACAUGACUGACACGUCUUUCUUUUGGCGACGAUAGCAUCGCACUAGUCUGCCGUAAGAGUCCUGAAAAAAAUCUGAAAACAAAAGAAAAAGAAAUUCCCUCAGUUACUGCCAGAACUUAGAAAGAUCAUCCUUGCAAUCAUUUUCUUUUCUCCAGAAGAUCACAAGUCAGAAAAAAAAUAUUUAGAUCAGAUUCAGAAAAAAGAUCAUCAGAAUAAAUUAAUGUCUCACUGACCCCUUGCCUCCGUAUACAUCUGCCCAAUCAGUUAAAUUCUCCUCCUCAACGUUAUUUUUGUUUUGUUUUUCAGUUUGAGUCUUUUAAUCUCUCACCGUCAGAGAUUUUUUGCUCCUCGACUAUCCUCAGAGCAUUCUUACUGUAAAUGUAACGUAAUUCUUAAAAGCUUGAUCAAUACGGGUCCUGGUGUUUCGCACCAACAAUGUUUGUAUAUACAUCACAAUUAAAAUUAUAUGAAUUUACAUUUACAAAAGCCAUGUGAUAAAAAUGUUUUAACGAGUACUCAAAGCAAGUUUUGAACGUGUUUUAUAAAAAUAAAAAAUACAGAGGAGAAACCCUGAUAUGAGCAAAUGAUUUGGGAUUAAAGCAGAUUGCAUUUGAAGGCUCCUUCCUUUUUUUUUUUCUUUUUUUUUAAGUGUGUGACAUCUCAAAGCCCAAUUAAACAGAAGCCUCUCAGCAGUAUCAUCAUCUUUAUGCAUUAGCUUAUAUUGGCACUAAGUUGAUCUUCUUGCUCAAGUGCUGCUGGGAAAACAAGCCGCACUCAUUUCAUUACUGCUCAGACAGAUACAACCCCGUGUGGAAAUCGGGGUUUGUCUCCUCUGCUUCAUGUUACGAAGAGGGAAACUCUUGGUUUGCCGGAGCUUCAUUUGAAAGCUUACCCUGCAAAAUAAAAAGCCUCUGUAGCAAUCAGCGUUAAGCGCCGCUAGCCAAGAAAUCACAUUGCCGGCAUGUUCGGGGGUUGGCUCUGCAUGUCAUUGUGGUUUUGUAUUAGUCAGAGGGAGAUUUACAGCCAGUUUCGGUUCAUUCUUACAAAUUGCGACAAGCUCUUAACAGCCUAAACGAUGAUACAAACAGGGAGAAGAUAAAAGAAAGUUAAGAUUAAAGGGCUAAUUUAACAUUUUAAGAAAUCUUCCUUUUUGUUCGCUUGCUGAGAGCUGGAUGACAGAUACAACUACAGCUGGAACUGGUUAGUUAGCUUAGUACAAAAAGUGCAAACAGGAGGCAACUGCUCGCCUGAUCUGUCUAGAGGAAAAUUAUAAUUAAUCAUUCAUAAUCUUGUAUUUUGUUUGUUUAAUCCUAGAGGUGGAAAGUAACUACGUACAUUGACUGGUUACUUUGCAUAGUAAAGCACGUAACGACAAAUAAAUGAUGAUAAAUCCAUACAACAACACAAAUUUCUUGGCCAGGACCAGUUGCUGUAGUCCAAGAAGCUGCCUGAAACAUAACCAUCUCUGCGAACGCUCACUGUCAAACAAUAAGAAGUUAAUUAAUGACUGCUCUGAGGGGAUUUGCUACUGUCAGACAAAAGCCUGAGUAGCUUCACUAGACGUUUUCCCUCUGUUGUAAGUCGCUGGCUUGUGGCUCCAGCUAUAUAUUUUCUGCACAGACAUGAGAGUUUUAUCUAUCUUGGCACAAUCUUUCUUUCACAUAAGUGAGUCUUGU